AGCAAGCGGUGAAGAAGGACUUGGGCACUUGUGCAAGGAACAUGAGGCGGCGUUUGCCAGCAACCAAGUACAGACCAACGAGUUCACAAAAGGCUUGGAGCAAUUCCCAGACUGGGCUGGAAUCUCAGGUCACGGAUAUGACUGGCCAGGCGGCCACCAUGCUUCCUGGGACCACUGAAUACAUGAAGGCGAUAUUAGCGGCCCAGAACAUGAACCUCAGUGAGCUUGGAAUGACACAGAGAAAUCUUGGAGAGCUUGCCAUGCUGGCAGGGAUCAAACAACGGAUUGAGCAGCAUCCCCAGGACGUGACAGAUUUAGAGAAGCAGUACCUCGCCCAGUACUCCAGUGAGGAGCAGCGGCAAGCACUAAUGGCUUCGGGAGCUUUUGGAAAUGACACCGCUGCCAUGGCAGCACUCAGUGCUUUCUAUAGUCAGCUGAGUAUGGACAUCUCCGGGAGUGGAAAGAGAGGCCUUGCGCCUGAUUAUUCUUCUAGCUCUGCUCACGACAGCUCGACAAAUCUUGCAUCUGGGGAACUGCUGGAAGUGCCUAAUAAACGUCAGAGGCGAAUAUCCCAGGCUGAAGUUGAGAAAAGAUUGAGAGAGGCUGAGCUCAGUCAUGGUGGUUCACAUGAAAGCAGUAAAUCUCAUGGAUUAUCUGUGGGUGUGUCCGAUAAAAACCUAGUUAAAAGAGAGCCAAUGUCUCCACCUGGAGGAGAAGGUCAAAAAAGUUCAUCCAGCAGCCGUCAGCCACAUCAGAAUGCCUUGAGCAUGCCUGUGUUUCCUUCAACAAGCGUCAAUUCCACCCAUGAGCAGGCAUAUUGGGAUGCGCAGGCAUCUGCUAACAUGGCUCUCAUGGGUGCGGCUUCUCUUGCUCACUCUGCAUCACAUCAAACGGCCACCCAGGCACAUUCUCAGGCUGAGAUCCACCACCUUCCUGGCCAUGACCAUUCAUCCAAUUUGGCAUCAAGUGAGGCUCCCAUGAAUCUGACCUACCAUGAGUCCGAGAAACAUAUCUCUCACAGACAACAUCUGAGCUCAGAUUCACCUCUGCAUGACUCCCUCCCUGAUACUGCUGGCCUGGCCGCUCAAGUGGAAGUAACUACCUCAUCUAUCAAAUCACACUUUCCUCGACGACGUGCCUCUUCUUCACCCCGUUCAUCCCAGCAGGGAGACCAGAACAGCUCCCGCGAUCAGGUAAGACCAGAGGUGAGAUGAAAUCGAUUUUUUUCUUUUCUUAGUUUUUUAAGUUUGUUAUUUUAUUUUAUAUUUCAAUUUAUUCAGUCAUCUGACGAUGAAAUAAUGUACAUUUCUUUUGUAAACAGAGUGAUCUUUAGUUAAAUCAUUAUGUUUAAGGCAUGCUGAUAAAUCCAUAGAAGGAACAACAGUAUAAAUACCUGUGGAAUUAAAGAUUUAAAGAAAAAAAAAUUGUUUAAAAUUGUUUAUGAUGUUGAUUUAUUAAUCAGAUUCUGUAAAAAGAAAAAUCAAGUUUAGUUUAUCAACACUUUUUUAUAAGCAUACCUUAAUCAAUUCAAAUAAAGAAUUUUUAAUGUUGGUCGAUUUCGAAAAAGUAUUUUUUAAGUUAAAACAGCGUUUUUCAGCUUACUCCAAAAAUCUUAAUUUUUACCUUACCAAGGUUUGGUUUCCCCAUGGAGCUGGGUUCAAAAAGGAAAAUCAAGAAAUUGUCUGCCUACCAGAUCCACUCCCAAUUCCUUCUUACUCUCAGAAGAUAAUCACUGCUAGGGAGGAUGGCUCCUCCAUGAGGCACAGGUCUGAAAUCAUUCGUGAAACUGCACGCUUCUUUCUUGGCCUCAAGUAUUGGUGGUCCAGUGCUGACUACACAAGGAUAUCUGAACUUGUAGUGCAGCAGUUUCCAGACCUGAAAGAUGACACUACAGCUGAUGGCUUAACCAAUUAUGUGAGUAGAUCAUUUCCAAAAAGAAGUUUUAAAUUCAUCAAUUUACAUACAAGGGAUUUAUUAAAUAUUUCUGUAUUUAGUGACAGACUCUAAAAGUUAUUUAUUUAUGUCAUAGCUUUAAAAUGAUAAAUUGUUAUUAUAAUUCAAGAUCACUUCAAAAAAAUUAAUGAGUUAAAUACACAUUUCAGCGUCGCAUUCAAAGAGACUUGUCUAUGUGUGCAAGAAAUUUACGUAGGAGUAAAAAACCAAGGAAGAUGAGAGAAUUGUCCACUGAUCCUUCCAAUUCAUUGCUAGAUGUCCCUGAAGCCCCACGCUCAGUAAAAAAGCAGUCCAAGUCCUCCAAGGUCAGCUCCAUGUUUUCAUCUAACAAUGACAAAAAAUCCAAGCGACCGCCUGGCUCUUCUGGCAAGGCCAAGAAAGUAAAGCAAGAGGUGACGGCCGUGCUGUCGGAACCUUCUGCUUCGAGCGGUCUCAACGAAGACAUGACGGCUGCCGCAGCCCUGCUCCAGCAGCAGUUUAUGCAGUCCUCUUCUUCUUCGUACCAUCCCAGCGCUCAUCUUCUGCCCUCAUCCCACUUAUUGCCGUCAUUGCAGACACACCCGGCAUUGCAUGAACAACAAAUGCAGGUCAGUGUGAAUAUACUGCUUUUAAACAUAGAUUCUGUAAUAUAGACUGUGCUGGUUAAUGUUAAUUAUUGAUGGUCUUACGUGACGGGUUUUCCUUUCACUGUAUUUUAUUUAAAACUGUUCCUUGAAGCUCAAUUAAAAAGUUACUAAUAUUUUGGGCAUUGUAUUUCCAGGCCCAGCUAAAUUCCAACCUUGUCCAACAGCAGCAACACCACCAUCAACAUCAUCACCAAGAAGGUCAUAACAUCAGCGUGGAGGAUGCUCAUAGUGCUCAAAGGCUUGUCAAGGAGGAAAAUCAUGAUAACAUGGAACAGCACAUUUCAGGUUUCUUUAAUUUUUAAAAAUCUUUUGUUUUUUGUACACAGUACAUGGGGAAACAAAUGGCUGAGACAUGUUUUACUGGUAAGAUAAUUAAUAAUAGUUUUUAUAUAGUUAGUCAUCUAUGGAAGUGGUUUUUUAAUUUCCCACCUUCAAACUAGGGGAAAUUUACUGCUAUAACAAGGUCAGAAUUAAAAAAAAACAAAACAUGAAUUUUGUCUAUUAUUAUUAUUAUUUGUUUUGGUUAUAUUUUCUAUAGUACAAUAAAAUAAUCAGGAUCUUAGAAUUUUAAAAAUCUAUAACCUUACAGAGCAAUUUAAACAGAAUCAAGUUUAAAAUUGAAACCAGGUCCUUGUCUUGUUUCUUUUCCUGUCGACCAAUACAUUUACAGGUAUUUAUAAUUUUGUCAUGCAUAUGUGCUGAUUUUCUCUAUUCAUUUUCAAUUUUUGCAUCCAUAGAAUAUUUAUCUCAUCCAGGAAUCAAGUCCAGUUCAGUUGCUCCCAUCCAACGAUCUGCGACACCGCCAGGUGACAACCAAUCCAACCUGGCUGAAAUAGCCAAACAGAUGAGCAAGUCAAACCACGGUCACGGCAGGGAGGUUGAAACUUCGUCUGCCAUGGGAAAAGAGGAACAUGGUAUACAAUUGCCUUUUUUUAUAUUAAAAUAACUUAAGGGUUGCUUUGAAGGAGAAAUAUAAUAUAUUAAAACGUAAGAAAUGAACUAUGUCUACGCACACGUUGAUGAAAUCUUGAAAAAAUUUGUUGUUUUGGAAGUUGGUUUGAUAAAUACAUUGACGUCUCAUCGUAAAUUCAUUUACAUUAUUUUAAAAAAUAUGACAAUAAUGAUAUAUCUAUUUCAAUUUUAAACCUGGAAUGAGUUUUUGUUUAUUACCCAAAGAAAUUUAUUAAACUUUCUAUAUUCUCCUUUUUAAGAAAAAGUUGUACAGCCCCAAGCAGCACUGAAUAAUUCCAUGAAAGUCUAUGUUGAUCCAGACCAUGGCAAUGAUCUACAGGAGAGGUUCUCAACUCUGUGGAGGAAGGGGAAGUUCUUUGAUGCUUCGCUGGGUGUGGCCAAUAAGAAACUUCAUGUAUGUACUCUUUAUUUUGAAUUACAUUCAACUCUGGAGAGCCUUUACCCGCAUCAGCAAAUGACGUCUGUCUUGUUGUAACUUUCUAAAACUAUUUACACAUCUUACUUAUUCUAUUUGGUCACCACUAUUUCAGGAAAACUCAUCUUUACUGGUUUACCUCAUUUUGAUAGAUCUAGUUAUAGGGAGUUACAAAAAAAAAUAUUUGAACAGUUGGGUGAAUUUAAAUUAAUCUAAAUUAAAAAAAAAACUUGGCCAAGUUUACAAGGUAAGUAACUAAAUAUAAAUUUUUGUAAUAUUAGUUGUUUUAAUUGUCAUCUGAGUAUGACAUUUUAUUUUUUAAUGUUCUCAUACUUUAUUUUUGUAAUGACUACUAUACUCCACCACUUUCAUUGUUUGUUUUUACCACAGCCAUUUUUUGCUCCACUACUGUCAUUGUUUGCUCUAUCCUCAUUGUUUGCUCGAUGGUGUUUGCUCCACUACUGUCAUUGUUUGCUCUAUCCUCAUCGUUUGCUCGAUGGUGUUUGCUCCACUACUGUCAUUGUUUGCUCUAUCCUCAUUGUUUGCUCGAUGGUGUUUGCUCCUCUACUGUCAUUGUUUGCUCUCUCCUCAUUGUUUGCUCGAUGGUGUUUGCUCCACUACUGUCAUUGUUUGCUCUAUCCUCAUUGUUUGCUCGAUGGUGUUUGCUCCACUACUGUCAUUGUUUGCUCUAUCCUCAUUGUUUGCUCGAUGGUGUUUGCUCCACUACUGUCAUUGUUUGCUCUAUCCUCAUUGUUUGCUCAAUGGUGUUUGCUCCACUACUGUCAUUGUUUGCUCUAUCCUCAUUGUUUGCUCGAUGGUGUUUGCUCCACUACUGUCAUUGUUUGCUCUAUCCUCAUUGUUUGCUCGAUGGUGUUUGCUCCACUACUGUCAUUGUUUGCUCUAUCCUCAUUGUUUGCUCAAUGGUGUUUGCUCCACUACUGUCAUUGUUUGCUCUAUCCUCAUUGUUUGCUCGAUGGUGUUUGCUCCACUACUGUCAUUGUUUGCUCUAUCCUCAUUGUUUGCUCGAUGGUGUUUGCUCCACUACUGUCAUUGUUUGCUCUAUCCUCAUUGUUUGCUCAAUGGUGUUUGCUCCACUACUGUCAUUGUUUGCUCUAUCCUCAUUGUUUGCUCGAUGGUGUUUGCUCCACUACUGUCAUUGUUUGCUCUAUCCUCAUUGUUUGCUCGAUGGUGUUUGCUCCACUACUGUCAUUGUUUGCUCUAUCCUCAUUGUUUGCUCGAUGGUGUUUGCUCCAUCACUGUCAUUGUUAGCACCGCCACCGACAAUGUGUAUGCACCCUGUCUAUAGUGUCUAAAUCCCCUAAUUGGCUAGGCACAUACAAAGAAUGAGUUUUCUCCACCACUUUCAUUGUUUGUGCCACUACUGACAUUGUUUGCUCUAUCAUCAUUGUUUACUCCACCACUGUCAUUGUUUACUCCCCCACUGUCAUUGUUUACUCCCCCACUGUCAUUGUUUACUCCCCCACUGUCAUUGUUUACUCCCCCACUGUCAUUGUUUACUCCACCACUGUCAUUGUUUACUCCACCACUGUUUUUGUUUGCACAACCUUUUGCCGACACUGUGUAUGCAUUGACAAUCACCUAAUAUUUGAAACUGUAUUCAUCAAAGAAAUGUGCCUUCGACCAGAAAAUUCUGUUUUGAAUGCACAUUGAUUUCUGUUGUCUUUUUAAUGUGUAAAAUUUUGUUUACUUCCACAGGUUCACAAACUUGUCUUACUGGCCAUGAGUCCUUAUCUCCAAGAGACUUUCAAGAAUGCUGACCCCAGAUCACAGCUGGAGGUCAAUUUGCCGUCAGACACAACAUAUGAAACAGCCAAAGCUUUUCUCAAGUACAUCUAUGAGGGAGUUUUGGAGGUAUAAUUAAUUCCGUAUAGAAACAUGAGCGCCAUUAUUUGUUCAUAAAGGCCAUGUGAUUUUACCUAGCAAUAAAAUGACUGUACAAUAAAGAUACAAUAGAGGCCAAAGUUUUAGUUAAGAACAUAUUAUAUAAGUAUUAAUUCUCAAAAUAAGAGUUCUUUAAACUUAUUAUUAAACCGAGAUUUAUAGUGCAGAGCUGAGUCACAUGUUGUGCAGGCACUAUCUAUAUGCAUUGUAUGGUAUGACAGGAUAAACAAACUCACACUUUGGAUUUGGUUUCAUGUUUAAAAUUCGAAGUUAGCUCUGUGCUGUUAAUUCAGUAGCUUUUCAUCUGUGGAAAGUCUUGCCACAUCUCUGAUUAUGUUCAAUUUUUAAAUCAACAUUGCUGUGAGAAAGAUUGUAAGCUAGGGGAAAUCAUUAAAUCAAAAUACCUAAAUAAUUGAUUCAUACUUAAAAAAAACAGAGGUGAAAUGUGUAUUGAUUUAUAAAAUUCAGCCAAUAAUUUUGCAGAAGUAAUGGAUGCGUCUAAUUGUGUAUGAAAUAUUUUUUUUUAUCUGAAGUAUGUUUAUGCUAUUAGUUCUUUUCACUUCCACUUUGCAAGCACACUUCCUUGUUUUGAUUUAGUCUGGGUUAUUUUAUGCCUGUUUUGCCACAAAAAGGCUGUCCACAGGGCCAUAAUUCAGUGCAAAUGUGUUUUAAUGUCAUAAAUCCACUUGCAAAAAAUAUAUUUAAUUCCAGAUUUAAAGAUAAAAAGAUAAGAUUCUUUAUUUAUCCAUAUAAAUGGAAGUGUUUUUCUUUCUUACUACACUGUACAAAUGUUUAGUAGAAACAUGCUGAAGCAAUUUAAUAGGUCAACUAUGUUUAUAAUGAGAAAAUGAAUAGUGACUCCUUCGUUACACAUCUUGAUGAUUAUAUUACUUUCACUCAGGUGGAUACGUCAUCUGUGAGGUCCCUGCACAAAAUAGCAACCAUGCUACAGAUGACCAAACUGGCUCAGUACUGUCAAAACUUUGCACAGCAACUCCAAGAGGAGGCUGAGCAGGCCAAUGCUGGGAGUGGGGAUGGUGAAAUUCCUAAGAUAUCUGUGAACCUGGGAGAGCUGGCUGAAAUGCAGGCACAGAGACAGAGACUGAUGGAGGCACAGGUAUACACAUUCUGUGUGAUAAAUAUUUUUUUGGUUAACUGAUGACCAGUUAUAGUUAAAUUAAUUUAAUUUUUAGAUACAUCUUGAAACUUAGAAGACCAUUAUUUCGGCACAGGGUUGAAUAAAUUUUUAUUAUUCUUGUUCUAAGGCCCUUCAAAGAUUGGGGGAAAGCAAUGCCAUCUCAUCAGCUGAUCUUCACCGUAGUUCAUCAGCAAGGUACCUGUCGGAAGAUCGUGCACAGCUGAAAUCAGAUUAUUUACAGUCUGAGCAAAACUCCUCUGAACAAGCUUCAGGGAAUGCCCAUUUCUUACAUCAGGAUCUCCUGGCGGCACAACAUAGAGCUCUUGUUGCAGCAUCAUCUUCAAACCAAUCGGCAUCUUCAUCCCUGCUACUGUCCUCAUCACAAGAUUUAGCCACGCAACAGCUUAUACAGGCUGCUCUUGCUAGGCACCAGGCGUCAUCACCGCCACCCUCUUCAGCAGGCUCAUCAUCCAUGUAUCACCAACACCAGCAACAGAUAGUGUCACAGGCAGACUCCAAUGCUGCUUUGCUUCAUCGUUUGACCUCGCCUGAGUCUGCCGUGACGGCAUCUGCGGCGACCUCACUGGACCAUCACCAACAGCGUCUGGCACUUGCUGCAUACUGGCAGGCCCAUACACUUGAACUCAUGUCACGUAACCAGCUCACGGGACUCACUUCAGACCCAUCAAAUUUAACCUCGGCAUCAGAGCUGGCAGCUAUAGCUGCAGCCGCCGGUGCCACGACAUCGGAAGACACUAGACACUUGUUACAAAACUUGGGUCACGAGGUGAAGUUAAAAUCUUCAUCAGGGUCUUCAAGGCGCCACCAUUCCAAAGAAUCAUGGAGUAACCAAGCUAACGAGACAGACAAUAGUCACCAGGCUACGAUGUUGCCAGAGACUUGUCUCCCUGCUGACAUGGCCAGAUCACAUCACAUUGGUAACUCUGAAGGAAAUACAUAGUUGUAGCCAUGGUCUGAACAAAGAAAUAAAAGAAAAAAACAACCUGGUGGCCCACGGAGCAUAUCAUAUAAAGAUAAAGAAAGACUGUUAUGUAUAUGUAUUUGUUAAUUUUAAAGAUAUAAAUGGACACGCUCAUUGAUUGUUAUAUAUUGUUUUUUAAAUAAUAGAGAAGACAUAAUAUUUAAUGGUUCAUAUUUUGUGAUGUUAAACGAUGGAUGGGUCCAUACAUUUGUUUGUAUAUUUUUUAAUUAUAUUGAAAUCACAUUUGACCUGUGAAUGUUAAUGUCUCAUGGUAAUCAGUUUUUUAUUUUUUUUUUAUUUAUCCCUUCAUAGAGUUUUUUCUAUUCUGGUGCAACGGUGGAAUUUUUUUCUAAAUAAUUUUUAUGAAUUUUUUAAAAUUCAUCUUAAAA